CACUAUUUUUUCUUGAAUAAGUGUUAGUUGGUUGAGUGUACUUUCCGCGUUUUCAUCAUAUUUUAUUAAAAUAAAAAGUUUAAUACCAGAUAUCAAAUAUGAAGGUUUUCAAUUUAUUUCUCCUAAUAACGACAAUUUGUUUGGCGUUAUUAAUAAAAAAUCUUAAUGCCCAGUACAGUGCCGUAAUGUAUGACGCCGCCGAUGGCUCCGCCAUGUCUGCCUCUGUGGGUGGGCCAUCAAUGGGUGCUUCAUUUAAUGGUGGGUCAUAUAUGGGUGCUUCAUCUAAGAGUGGGUCAUCUAAGCGUGGGUCAUACGUGGGUGGAAGUAACGUUAUUAUCGGUAAAAAACCUAAGUCAUCUAUAUAUACAACUGGUGCAAAAACCUAUAUGGAUGAUGGUGAAGGCUCAGUUAUGAUGGUCAAUGAUAAUGGCGACAACGUUAUGAUGGAUAAGGCAUCUGGUUCAUAUAUGUCUUUUUCAGGUUAAAUCGCGUAUAUUUAAUAUAUUUUAUAUAUGAUUCAUUUUAUUUACAAUUAUUUAAAUGUAAAAUAUAUGAAGAUUUAAAAUGGCCCGAAACGUGGUCCUGAAUUUUAAUAAAUUUAAAAAUACGACCAACUAAUUUAUAAAAUCAUAAUAGAACAUUCAAUAAAUUUUAAUAAAAAUAAAUGUUUUAAAUUUAGA